CUUAGGGAUACAUGGGACAAGUCGCCUGAAGAGCAGAAGUUUUUGCGACGACUCGACGGCUGCCUUAUCACAUAUGCAGCGUUGUCGUAUUUCAGCAAGUAUCUCGACCAACAGAAUAUCACUAAUGCGUAUGUGUCGGGGAUGCAAGAGGAGUGCGUACCUGAACACGGAAACGAGCUCAACUACAUCACCACGGCAUGGACGUGCGGAUAUGUUAUUGGCCAGAUUCCAUCCAACCUGCUCAUUACGCGCAUUCGGCCUUCAAUAUGGAUCCCCGCCAUGGAGCUGAUAUGGAGCGCUUUGACUAUGGUUCUCGCAUCUAGCAACAGCUUCGCAACCCUCGUUGCCAUACGUUUCUUUGUUGGUCUUGCUGAGUCUACAUUCUAUCCGGCGAUUCAGUAUGUGAUCGGCAGUUGGUAUAAAAAGGAGGAGCUAGCGAAGAGGGCUUGUAUAUUUCAUACGGCCAGUGCUGUGGGCCCGAUGGUCAGCGGGUUUUUGCAAGCGGGUGCUUACAAGGGGCUGAACGGAGUCCACCGACUUGCGGGGUGGAGAUGGUUGUUCAUCAUCGACGGCAUCAUCACAAUUCCCAUCGCGUUACUCGGCUUCCUCAUCAUGCCUGAUCUCCCCACAACCACGAAGCCUUCCUUUAUAUUUACUGAGGCAGACCUCAACAUCGGGAAGAGGCGAAUGGAAGAGAUAGGGAGGAAGCCUCCUGCUCAUUUUACGAAAGCGAAGGUGUUAGGGUUUUUCAAGACAUGGCAUCUUUGGCUCCUCGUUCCUCUAUAUGUCCUGUUCAAUAAUGGGAACGGUGGAUCGAACUCGAUGAUUUUCUGGUAUGCGUUAUACCUCUAUACUGUGGGCCAAAUCAAUACAUAUCCACUUGGCAUUCAAACAGUCCAAAUUAUCACGACCCUUGUCUACGCCUGGACAAGUGAUGGGCUAGGUAAACGGUGGCCGCCUAUGGUGUUUGCAGGGGCGAUCGCUAGACGAUGGAUCUUCUAUUAUUUCACUGGUUGCGCUGGCGGGUUGUCAGGAUUGAUUCUUGCGUGGGCUAACGAAUUAACUGGGAAUGACAGUGAAAAGAGAUCAUUCGUGGUCGCUUCGUGCAACAUGUGGGCUUACGUAGUGCAGGCUUGGUUGCCGAUCGUUAUAUUUCCUCAGGUUGAGCAGCCUCGGUACGUUCGGUGCAAGCCCUUCAUAAUACUUGUCUGA